AUGAUGAUUACUUUGGCCGCAUCUCACCUCCCAUCAGAAGGCAAAUGCCACACUUACGACCCUCAAAGCACACCUCCAGACUUUGGGCAUCCUAUGCUUCAGUAUUUUGCCUUCGAAGAUGGCUUUAUAAACUUGAAUAAUGGCGCAUACGGCUCCCUUCCUUUACCUGUUGCAUCAGAGUGCGCAAAGAUCGCAGCUGAAAUAGAGGCAUGUCCCGACCGCUUCAUGCGGUUCACGCACCGCACGCGCCUUCGACAUAGCCGGGAGCUGGUGGCGCAAUUCAUCGGGGCCGAGUCAGCUGACGAGUGCGUUCUGGUACCCAACGCAACUCAUGGAUUGAAUACCGUACUGCGCAAUUUUGAAUGGCACGAAGGCGACAUUAUCAUUGGUGCUUCUACUACCUACGGUACUAUUGCGCAGACGAUGCAAUACCUAUCCGAUAUACCUCCCCAUCCUGUUGUUUCCAACUUUCCAUUGAUAUUCCCAUGCACUCACGCCAAGAUCAUCGAUGAUUGGAGGAAGCAUGUCCGUUCAGUUGUUUCCUCUGACUCCGGCUCAGCUGAUAACGCGAAACGCAAGGUCGUCGCUGUUGUAGACGGAAUAAUCUCCACUCCCGGAGUCCGCCUUCCAUGGAUCGAAAUGGUGAAGAUAUGCCGGGAAGAAGGCGUAUGGAGCGUCGUCGACGGUGCUCACCUGAUCGGACAAGUCGACAUCAAUCUGGCGGAAGCAGAUCCGGAUUUCUUUGUCUCUCGAAUGCGGGACUUCGGCAUAGAACUGCCACAAGUGGAUGUCCACGAAACGAAGCUGCUCUGUACUUUAUGUACCAAGGCGGUGGCUAUACCGACCGCUCAUGAGUAUGUAUCUCCCACUGACCCCAGAGCGCCCAACUUCGUCGAUCAGCACGAAUGGACGGGUACAUUGGACCACGUUCCGUACCUCAGCAUCCCAGCCGGUACCCUCUCCCCGGCUCUGUUCUUUUGUGUAAUGCCUCAUGAGUGCUCUGUAGCGCUCGAAUUCAGGAAGUGGAUUGGGGGCGAGCGCAAGAUCAACGAGUAUUGCCACCAGCUGGCGCUAGACGGAGGGAAGCGGCUGGCAGAGAUUAUCGGCACAAGCGUUAUGGAGAACGAGAAGGGAGAAUUGACCGCAAACGCGGUCAACGUCGAGCUGCCGUUGGCGGGUGUACCAGCGACGCUAGAAGUCGACCAGUUCCUGAAAGAGCAACUGCUAUUUGAAUGGCACUGCUAUGCUGCUCAUUACUACCACAACGGCAGAUGGUGGACACGGUGUAGCGCUGCAGUGUGGUUGGAGGUUUCGGAUUUCGAAUAUCUCGGCAAAGCGUUCACGGAGAUUUGCAAGCUGACGAGGGAUAAGUUUGCGAAGGAAUAG